GCUCGGCCCCGCGGCUCCCGGCGCGGAGCUGCCGCGUGUGUCCGUAGGCCAGGCUGGCUGUGCAUGGAGCGCAGCACGCGCGCGGAGGCAGGAUGCUCCCGGCGGGCGACGGUGCCGAGGCGCCCGCAGCCCCGCGCUGCUCAGAGAGUGGAGACGACAGGAAGGCCAUGGAGAAAAGUGAAAUAAAUGUCACAGCCCUUGUUGGAUGUGACCAGGUCAGUGAUGGUGGAGAUGAUGCUGGUCUUGCUUCAUAUGUGUCCACCUUCAUAGACAAAGAAGUUGGACACGACCUUAAAUCUUUAAAGAAACUUGAUAAACUUAUAGAACAAAUGACGGAAAAUAAGAUGCACUUAGAAGAACAGGUGCUUACAAUUUCAUCAGAAAUCCCUAAAAGAAUUCAGAGUGCUUUAAAAAAUGCAGAAGAAUCAAAGCAAUUUCUUAAUCAGUUUGUGGAGCAAGAAAAUCAUCUCCUCACUUCCAUCAACAGCCAUUUGCUGAGUGCACAGCCCUGGAUGGACGAUCUUGGGGCCAUGAUUAGCCAGAUUGAAGAGAUUGGACGGCAUCUCUCUUACCUUAAAUGGAUUUCACAGAUUGAAGAACUAAGUGACAAUAUCCAGCAGUACCUGUUGACUAACAAUGUGCCCGAGGCGGCCUCCACCCUGGUUGCCAUGACAGAGCUUGACAUCAAACUUCAGAAAUCGUCCUGUGUUCAUCUUCUUGAAUUCAUGAGAGCCACAGUUAAAUUCUGGCAUAAAAUUCUGAAGGACAAGCUUACAAGUGAUUUUGAGGAAAUUUUAGCUCAGCUUCAUUGGCCAUUCAUCACACCCUCCCAGUCUCAAACUACUGCUGUGAGCUGGCCUGCUAGUUCCCCUGAGGUGUACAGUCAUCUGGAGACACUGUUUUGUCAGCUGCUGAAACUGCAAACCUCAGAUGAAUUACUUGCUGAGCCCAAGCAUCUCCCAGAAAAAUACUGUCUUCCCGCCUCACCUUCUGUCAUCCUGCCCAUCCAGAUUAUGCUGACUCCCCUUCAGAAGAGGUUCAGGUACCACUUCAGAGGCAACCGGCAGACAAAUGUGCUAAGCAAGCCUGAGUGGUACUUGGCUCAAAUACUUAUGUGGAUUGGAAACCACACUCCAUUUCUGGAUGAGAAGAUCCAGCCAAUAUUAGAUAAAGCCAGCUCGGCAGUGAAUGCAAGGCUUGAAUUUUCUCAGGGCCUUCUGAUGCUCGUUCUUGAGAAAUUAUCUAACGACAUUCCUUGUCUGCUGUACGAUGACAGUCUCUUCUGUCACCUGGUGGAUGAGGUGCUCUUGUUUGAAAGGGAGCUGCACAGUGUUCAUGGCUAUCCUGACACCUUUGCCAAUUGUAUGCACAUUCUGUCAGAGGAAACCUGUUUUCAGAGGUGGUUGACUGUGGAAAGAAAAUUUGCUCUUCAAAAAAUGGACUCGAUGCUUUCAUCAGAUGCUGCCUGGGUAUCCCAGUAUAAGGAUAUCACUGAUGUGGAUGAAAUGAAGGUUCCAGACUGUGCAGAAACAUUUAUGACUUUACUUUUAGUCAUAACUGAUAGGUAUAAAAGUCUUCCUACAGCUUCCCGAAAACUGCAGUUCCUGGAGUUACAGAAGGACUUAGUAGAUGAUUUUAGGAUACGAUUAACGCAGGUGAUGAAAGAAGAGACGAGAGCUUCCCUUGGCUUUCGAUACUGUGCAAUUCUUAAUGCUGUGAACUACAUCUCAACAGUACUAGCAGACUGGGCUGACAAUGUUUUCUUCCUACAGCUUCAGCAGGCAGCACUGGAAGUCUUCGCCGAGAAUAACACCCUCAGUAAGCUGGAGCUGGGACAACUUGCCUCCAUGGAGAGUUCUGUCUUUGAUGAUAUGAUUAACCUCUUAGAGAGAUUAAAGCAUGAUAUGUUGACACGUCAAGUGGACCAUGUUUUUAGAGAAGUUAAAGAUGCUGCAAAAUUGUAUAAGAAAGAAAGAUGGUUGUCCUUGCCAUCCCAGUCCGAGCAGGCCGCGCCAUCCCUGUCCAGCUCGGCCUGCCCGCUGCUGCUCACGUUGCGAGACCGUUUGCUUCAGCUGGAGCAGCAGCUUUGUUUCUCCUUAUUUAAAAACUUCUGGCAAAUGCUUGUAGAGAAGCUGGAUGUAUACAUCUAUCAAGAAGUAAUUCUUGCCAAUCACUUCAACGAAGGAGGAGCAGCCCAGUUGCAGUUUGAUAUGACUCGGAAUCUCUUCCCUUUGUUUUCUCACUAUUGCAAGAGACCAGAAAAUUACUUUAAACAUGUAAAAGAAGCCUGCAUUGUUUUGAACCUGAGCAUCGGUUCUGCGUUACUCCUAAAGGAUGUGCUGCAGUCAGCUUCUGGACACCCUCCUGCCACAGCAGCCUUAAAUGAACUUGGCAUUUACAAACUGGCUCAACAAGAUGUUGAUAUUCUGCUUAAUUUGAGGACAAACUGGCCCAACACUGGAAAAUAAUGUGCUUUGCAGAAAAAGUUGUAUUUAAAAAAAAAAAACAAACAACAAAACAAAGAAAGUUUCAAGUUGUUUUCAAGUUGUUUGAUAAAGUUUUGAAUUAAUGAAACUGGACAAAUGAAAAUGUUGCAGAAUCAUUUAUUAUCUUGAGUUUGUGGUCUUACUAAAAUGAUGACCAUAUAUCCUGGUUCCUUUUGUUCCUAAGAAAACAAAAAGAAAACUCAGAAGAAACUAUGAAAAGUCAGUAUAAUUCCGUUUAAAUACAAAUACUGAAUAUGUCUGAGGAAGAUAUAGAAGUAAAGACAAUAAAUUAUAUAACCAA